GUCCGAUUCAGAGUGGGAUCGGGAGCUCGACCAAAUAAGGCCCUGAUGUCCGGAGGUGCAAAACCUAAUUCUCCAACCAAACCCUAGAAGAAGUCCUCCAAAAUUCUGGUGCCCAAGAAGUCGAUCCGGCUAUUUUCCGCUCUUCGCAGGCUUCUCUCGCGACCCCUUCUGGUAUUUUGAUCUUCGUUGCUCCACCGAAGCUCGCCCCUUGCGCCUUCGAUCCUAGUGUUUAAAUCUUGCCGAUCCAAUUCCAUCAUGGCAACUCGAAUUCAAUUUGAGAACUCGUGUGAAGUUGGGGUUUUCUCGAAGCUGACAAAUGCAUACUGUUUGGUUGCAAUUGGAGGAUCAGAAAAUUUUUACAGUGCAUUUGAAGCUGAGCUUGCUGAUGUUAUACCUGUUGUCAAGACCUCUAUAGCAGGCACAAGAAUAAUUGGGCGGCUGUGUGCUGGAAAUAAGAAUGGGCUUCUACUGCCACACACAACCACUGACCAAGAACUUCAACAUCUGAGGAACAGCCUACCUGACCAAGUGGUGGUUCAGCGUAUCGAGGAAAGACUGUCUGCUUUAGGCAAUUGCAUAGCCUGCAAUGACCAUGUUGCUCUUACACAUCCUGAUCUCGACAGGGAAACGGAAGAGCUCAUUGCAGAUGUUCUUGGAGUUGAAGUAUUUAGGCAGACAAUUGCUGGAAACAUUCUUGUUGGUAGUUAUUGUGCUUUUUCAAAUAGAGGCGGCUUGGUUCAUCCACACACAUCCAUUGAGGAUCUUGAUGAACUGUCUACGCUUCUUCAAGUCCCCCUUGUUGCAGGGACUGUGAACAGAGGCAGCGAGGUCAUUGCUGCUGGUAUGACUGUGAAUGACUGGACUGCAUUCUGUGGCUCAGACACCACUGCGACUGAGCUCUCUGUCGUCGAAAGUGUUUUCAAACUGAGAGAAGCCCAGCCAAGCUCAAUUGUUGAUGAGAUGCGGAAAUCACUUAUCGACAGCUAUGUUUAGGAUUGCAAACAAUCACUGAAUUGAGCCGGUACGCAUUGGUGAUGUGACUGCAUUUGAGUUGAGAUGGAUAUGCUUAACAUGAGCUAUUGGGUCCCUCAUCCAGCAAUCUCGUUGACUUUGCAGCUUAGCAGGAGGCUGGCAGUUAAACUGUGUCCUAUUUAGUCUCUUUAGAUUCUUGAAGAGAUAAUUACGUGACCAUGAAUUCUUUACCAACAUUUCACUCUUUAAAGUCACUGUAAUUCUAAGAGCUGAAGGUUUAUGUUACUUAAAAACCUUUUGAAGGU